GGGCCGCGACCCGCGCCGCCGGGGAUGCUGCGCUGGGUCCGGCAGCAGCUGGGUUUUGACCCACCGCAUCAAAGCGACACAAGAACUAUUUAUAUAGCAAAUCGUUUUCCCCAGCAUGGCCACUAUGUUCCUCAGAAGUUUGCAGACAACAGAAUCAUAUCAUCCAAGUAUACAGUGUGGAAUUUUGUUCCAAAAAAUUUAUUUGAGCAGUUCAGAAGAGUAGCCAACUUUUAUUUUCUCAUUAUAUUUUUGGUUCAGCUCAUGAUAGAUACCCCUACCAGUCCUAUUACCAGUGGAUUGCCAUUAUUCUUUGUCAUAACUGUGACAGCCAUAAAACAGGGCUAUGAGGACUGGCUACGACAUAAAGCAGACAAUGAAGUCAAUGGUGCUCCAGUUUAUGUUGUUCGAAGUGGUGGCCUUGUGAAAACGAGAUCUAAAAACAUUCGGGUGGGGGACAUUGUCAGAGUAGCCAAAGAUGAGACUUUCCCUGUUGAUCUGGUGCUCCUGUCAUCUGACCGAGUGGACGGUUCAUGCCACGUUACCACUGCAAGUUUGGAUGGAGAGACCAAUCUUAAGACACACGUUGCAGUCCCAGAAACAGCAGUGCUUCAGUCUGUUGCCAACCUGGACAAACUGGUAGCUGUUAUAGAAUGUCAGCAGCCAGAAGCAGAUCUGUACAGAUUUGUUGGAAGAAUAACUGUAAGUCAACAAGCUGAAGAAAUAGUAAGACCUCUUGGGCCUGAAAGUCUCUUACUUCGUGGAGCAAGAUUAAAAAACACUAAAGAAAUAUUUGGUGUUGCUGUGUAUACAGGUAUGGAGACAAAGAUGGCAUUAAAUUACAAGAGUAAAUCUCAGAAACGGUCAGCAGUAGAAAAGUCCAUGAAUUCCUUUUUGAUUAUUUAUCUAAUAAUCCUCCUCUUUGAAGCCAUUCUGAGCACUAUUUUAAAGUAUGCAUGGCAAGCUGAAGAGAAAUGGGAUGAGCCUUGGUAUAAUGAAAAAACAGAGCAUGAAAGAAACAGCAGUAAGAUCCUGAGAUUUAUUUCAGAUUUUCUUGCUUUUCUGGUACUUUACAAUUUUAUCAUACCUAUUUCACUCUAUGUGACUGUUGAGAUGCAGAAAUUUCUUGGAUCUUUUUUUAUUGGCUGGGAUCUUGACCUCUAUCAUGAAGAAACAAACCAGAGAGCACAAGUAAAUACUUCAGACCUCAAUGAGGAAUUGGGACAGGUAGAGUAUGUGUUUACUGACAAAACUGGUACAUUAACGGAAAAUGAGAUGCAGUUUCGGGAGUGCUCCAUUAAUGGCAUAAAGUACCAAGAGGUCAAUGGUAAACUAACUCCAGAGGGAUUUUCUGAAGAUUCUCCAGAUGGAAAUAGGCGUGGUUUGGUGAAGGAGGAAGAACUCUUCUUGAAAGCAGUUUGUCUGUGUCAUACAGUGCAGAUCAAUGCAGACCAGACAGAUGGUGCUGAUGGUCCUUGGCAUGCCAAUGGAAUCACAUCCCCUCUGGAGUAUUAUGCUUCUUCACCAGAUGAGAAGGCUUUAGUGGAAGCUGCCAGCCGGGUUGGAGUAGUAUUUACUGGAAUUAGUGGAGACAGUAUGGAAGUGAAAAGUCUUGGAAAACCAGAGAGGUAUAAAUUGCUUCAUGUUUUGGAGUUUGAUCCAAAUCGCAGGCGAAUGAGUGUCAUUGUAGAGAGUCCCUCAGGGGAGAAGCUUUUAUUUACAAAGGGAGCAGAAUCUUCCAUUUUGCCUCGUAGUAAGAGUGGAGAAAUAGAUAAAACAAGGAUACACGUGGAUGAAUUUGCUUUGAAAGGCCUAAGAACUUUGUGCGUGGCCUACAGAAGAUUCACACCCGAGGAGUACCAAGAAAUUGGCAAACGCCUUCAUGAGGCCAGGACUGCCUUACAGCAGCGGGAGGAGAGAUUAGCAGAUGUGUUCAACUUCAUAGAAAGGGAUCUGGAAUUACUGGGGGCUACAGGAGUAGAAGACAAACUGCAGGAGAAAGUCCAAGAAACUAUAGAAGCCCUCAGGCUUGCAGGUAUCAAAGUGUGGGUGCUCACUGGAGACAAGCACGAAACAGCUGUUAGUGUCAGUUUAUCCUGUGGACACUUUCACAGAACCAUGAACAUCCUUGAGCUUGUGCAGCACAAGUCAGACAGUACCUGUGCAGAACAGCUGAGGCAGCUAGCCAAGAGAAUAAAAGAAGACCAUGUUAUCCAGCAUGGACUGGUUGUGGAUGGGACCAGCCUCUCUCUUGCACUCAGGGAACAUGAAAAGCUGUUCAUGGAAGUUUGCAAAAACUGUUCUGCAGUGUUGUGCUGUCGCAUGGCACCCCUUCAGAAAGCAAAGGUGGUUCGACUGUUAAAAACCUCUCCAGAGAAGCCCAUAACAUUAGCAAUCGGAGAUGGUGCUAAUGAUGUGAGCAUGAUCCAGGAGGCACAUGUUGGCAUAGGAAUCAUGGGCAAGGAAGGAAGGCAAGCUGUAAGAAACAGUGACUAUGCAAUAGCACGGUUUAAAUUCCUCUCCAAGUUGCUUUUUGUUCAUGGGCACUUUUACUAUAUUAGAAUAGCAACCCUUGUACAGUACUUUUUUUAUAAGAAUGUGUGCUUUAUUACACCACAAUUUUUAUAUCAGUUCUUCUGUUUGUUUUCACAACAAACGCUCUAUGACAGUGUAUACCUGACUUUGUACAAUAUUUGUUUCACUUCCCUGCCUGUCCUCAUCUACAGUCUUUUUGAGCAGCAUGUGCACCCGCAUGUAUUGCAGAGUAAACCUGUGCUCUACAGAGACAUCAGUAAAAAUGCCCAUCUGGGGUUUAAACCGUUUCUUUACUGGACCAUCUUGGGCUUCUUUCAUGCAUUUGUUUUCUUUUAUGGCUCGUAUCUUCUAAUGGGAGAAGACACUUCUCUGCUGGGAAAUGGCCAGAUGUUUGGGAACUGGACAUUUGGUACUUUGGUCUUCACCGUUAUGGUUAUAACUGUUACGAUGAAGAUGGCACUAGAAACUCACUUCUGGACAUGGAUAAACCAUUUUGUUACUUGGGGAUCCAUUGUAUUUUAUUUCAUAUUCUCCUUGUUUUAUGGGGGAAUUAUCUGGCCAUUUUUACAUACCCAGGACAUGUACUUUGUAUUUGUUCAACUGUUGUCAAGUGGUUCUGCUUGGUUUGCCAUAAUCCUCAUAGUAGUUGCUUGUUUGUUUAUUGAUGUUGUGAAGAAAGUGCUGUACAGACAUCUGCAACCAACAAGUACUGAAAAAGCUCAGCUUACUGAGGCAGGUUCAGGUAUCAACUGCUUGGACUCCAUGUGCUGCUUCUCAGAUGGGGAAACAGCAUGCACAUCUGUUAGAAGAAUGCUGGAACGACUAAUGGGAAGGUGUAGCCCAGCACGGGUCAACAGGUGUGGCAUUUCUCUCAAUAGCCUUUGCUGCAGACGAUUCUCCUAUAAACUGGAACCCGAUGAGCCUGCAGCAAUAGAUGUCUAGAAACUAGCUGCAGGUUUUGCUUAUCUAAGUAGAAAAUGCAACUCUUUAUUGUACUUUUUUCAUCCUAAAAGAUUAGCUUCUUGUUUCUUUUUGAGUGGUUUCUUUUGGGAUGGGAAAGGGGAAAACGGUUUUUGAAAGAUUUCUGUUAAAGUGUUUAGUUCGGCUUUACAAGCUCUUGUGUUGUAUCUAUCGUAAUUUCUCUUGAUUUGUACAUUCUUCUCUUUAGAAAAUCAAGCCUUGCUGCUGUUUUUGUUCUCCUUUUUAUGAUUACUUUUUUGCUUUCUCAAAUCAGGAGUUGUUUGUAAAGUCGAAAGACUUUUCCCUUUGAUUCUUGAUGUACAACCUCCAAAUAUUUACCUUGGAGCUUGCAUUACUCCUGAAGGUAUACAAAAGGCUCACAUUCCCCCCUUAAAUCUAACUUCAUUAUUAGGAGGAGAGCCUUUAAAUCUUUCAGCCAUUGAUUGAUAUGAAGAUGAAAUAUUUUUGUAGUAUAACUUUUAUAAUCUAUUUCUAAAAUUAGAGUGAUUGACAGAACAGAGUCUUCAGGUUCUAAGAAUUUUCAAUGUUUUUUGGGUUCCAGAAGGUAUAUUGUCAAAAUCAUGUGUGCCAUUCCAAAGUAUGUGCUAAAUAAAUCUUUCCUUCACAAACCAUGUGUGAAACAAACGUCAGUGGGGUAAAAGCAUGUUGAGUAAUUGAAUAUGUCUGAGAAGCAACACUGCUUUUGCAGUCAGCCCAGCUGGGAGAGGAGCUCUCACUGAAUCCUUCAUGUGCCAUCUCCCCAUUUCCAAACAAAGAGGGAUAGCAAAUAAAUAUGGAAAUAUUUGGGGGUAGAAAUAAAAAUAGUCUUUUGUACAUCGUAAUCUCUGUCCCUGAAUGAUAUCAUGGUCCUUCAUUGGUCAAAAGGCAAACCUGAAAACAAUUCACAAAAUGUGAACUUCACACAUUUUCAAGGAAACUCAUUUUGUAUUUGGAGAACUUUGUCUCUUUCAGUUAAAGGUUGUGAUAUCAUUCAUUGGGUAUCAAAUCUCGUGUGGUAAUUUUCCCUGACAGCUUUGUCAGCUCUGAUUCUGCCUUUAGGUAUUGCCUGGUCUGUAGCUCAUCUCUGUUGGAACUCUUGUGUUGAACACGGUGUCUGUGCUUUCAGUCAGUCUCUCUCUUCUGGCUUGCUUGUGAAAUUUAUUCAAUGUUUCUACAAAUCUAGGGUAUGAGUAUGCAAGAAGUUUCAUUCCAUAUGAAAAAUGAACUGUUACAAUUAAGUACAUUUUUAAUUCAAACUUGCUGUGUAGAAAGCGGGCAUGAUGUGUAAAAUAAACAGUUUAAUAGAAUUUUUAAUCUACAAGGUGAGCAUUUAAUUGGUCCAAAAUCAACAUUUUGGUAGCAGUUGCUCUAACUUUUCUGGGGUUUUUUUUCACUUUUCUGUAAAACUGUGCUUUCCAAAUGAGGAAUUUUUCAUUGCUUCUUUUCACUUAUUGUUAUCUAAUUAGGGCAGAUUGUUAGUUAACAAUUGCCUUAGUAACCUGUAUUCUUAUAAGGUAGGUAUUCUGUGUUUUGCUUUCUGCAAUGUAUUUGCAGUUUUACAAUUUUGUUUGUUCCACUCAAGUUUUCUUUCCUUAAGAACUAAAAAAAUACUUAUUGAAGCUAACUCGUAUUUGACAGAAUAUUAAAUACUUUUUUCAAAACUACUUUUUCUCAGGUUUCUUUUCUGCUUACCUCACGUAGUUUCCAGAUGAAGUUCCAUCUAGCCAAAUAAUUUUAGAGUUCUUUGAACACAGACUUUAGGGUUAAGUUCAAUGAAUAUGCAAAACUAUCUUGGUGCUACACUAAUGGCUUGAAGUUCUGUGGGUUUUGCUUCUGCCUCUGGUUGAAAUUGCUCUGAACAAUCUUCUAGUUUCACUUAAAUUUAUGUACAGUACAAAUAGAAAAGAGAUUUUUUUAAAGUCAGUCACGUUUAUUUUCUCCAAUGAUUUCAGCUUCUUCCACUCAGUAUUGACUCUUAAAACCUACUCUAAAAGUCAAAGAACCAUUUUCUCCCUUACACUUUUUUGGUAAUAUGAGAAAGUCUUUAUUCAUUUUUUAAAUUACUAAUUGCUUAAAUCACAUGAAGCAGUUACAAGUUGUGAAAUGCUGAAGGUACAAUUAAGAAAACUUGGGUGAUUUUAAAAUUCUUUAGGCUUUGUUCAUGAGCUUGAGCUGCUUUGUUUUUUAUCUAAAUCUCCAGAAGAUUGUGCAGUCCCCAACAGGAUAGUCUUUUAAGUACUUGUACUCUAUAAAAUAGCUAAGUAUUCAACCAGGAGGUAGCUGCAGAUUAUUUUUGUUGAUUGAAGUGAUGCUGAUGAAUAUGUUGUUUGUGCAAGUAAAAUGAAGAGCACUAUUUUAAAUAAUGUUGCUGUAGCCAGCUUGUGCUGUAUUCUCUGCUCCUGAUAUUCUGUCAAAUACGAGAACAUGAAAUCAAAUAUCUUACAAAUUUUGAUAAAAACUUUGAUAAAUCAAAGUCGUACAAAUGCUUGGAGUAGUGGGCCACAGGAAUAUAGUCUCUUGUGCUUAAUUUGCUGCUUGUAAAAUGUAUUUGAGAAGUAUUUUCUAUAGCUUCAUUCACUAGUUAGAAUAUAAAAUGUGUGGUGUGGUAUGUUAAAAUGCAUUUUGUCUGUCUGUUCCAUUAAAUUGUCUGUCGACUUGUCAGUCACUAAAAUAUUAAGAAUGUUGGAUCACAUACAUUACUUGUACAGUAGAAAUCAUCACUGAAUUGUUGGGUCUGCCAUUAGUGGUUCUUGUGUCAAGGCACUGGAUGGAACAGCUCUAAAGAAACAGCAGAUUUCUGACAGAGCCUGAUUUGGAGGAUAA